AUGGAUGGAACGCAAGGAGACAAUGCCAGUCCGGUGUCCCCAGAAGAUGCAGAGAAGAGCAGGACUGGAGAACAAGACCCAGGACUGACUAUGUUGGGAAAAGCGUACGAGUUCUUUCAGAUUUGUGAUAUGGAAGGCAAAGGCUUCAUUACUCGUCAGGACAUGCAGAGAUUGCAUCCUGAGCUACCGCUUAGCCUGGAAGAACUUGAAAAAGUUUUUGUUACACUGGAUGCUGAUGGCAAUGGCUCACUUACCCCAAAGGAAUUCACCACAGGAUUCAGCGAGUUUCUUUUGGGGCAGAUGGAUUUAAAAAAAGAGAUGUGGCAAUCAGAAGGUGAAACAGCCUGCCUACAGAAAUGGGAAGAGAGUAUGAGUGAUGAUGAGGAUGAAGAACACCAAUUCUCAAAUCUGAUGGAACGUCUUGGAGCUAAAAAGAUUUUGGAAGAUGAGAAUGAUGUGAAGCAGCUUUGGUUGCAGCUGAAAAAAGACGAACCUCACUUACUUUCCGAUUUUGAAGAGUUCCUGGCCAGAAUUAUUUCCCAAUUCCAUGAAGCAGAUAAUGAGAAGAAUGAGUUGGAAUGUGCUCUAAAAAAAAAAAUUGCUGCCUAUGAUGAAGAAAUUCAGCAUCUCUAUGAGGAAAUGGAUGAGCAAAUCAAAAAAGAGAAAGAGCAGUUUAUCUUGAAAGACACAGAACGAUUUCAGUGCUACAGCCGGGAGCUGGAAUGCAAGCUCUUGUUGAAAGAACAAGAAUUGGAACAACUGGUUCAAAAACAGCAAAGGUUAGAGCAACAAUGUACAGAACUUCUCAGUGACAAGCAAGAAACCAAAGUAGAGAACACCAAGCUGAAGCUGACAAACCAGGAGCUGCUGAAAGACUUGGAGAAAACUUCUCAUGAACUCAGUCUGGCUCAACAACAGUUACUGAUGCUUCAGGAGGAAUCAACAAGGCUACAUGAGGAAAAGGAAAUGGAGGUGUACAAAGUGACAGAAACCUUACAGAGGGAGAAAUCAGGACUUAUGAAGCAGCUUGAUUUCUUAAGGGAGAGGAACAAACAUCUCAGAGAUGAACGUGACAUAUUCUUACUGAAUUGCAAAAAAGGUGUUCCAAAAGCCAGCUGGAAGCAAAGAUCAGGGUCUGUCAUUGGAAAAUAUAUAGAGAGCAAGGUGUUGCCUAACAGCCCAUCAUUUGAAGAAGAUGAUGUCUUCAGUAACUCAGUAAAGAGAAGGGGGUCUGUUGGGCUGAAUGGAUUUCUCUCUGUAGAGCCUGAUGCUGGAGUUACUGGAGGAUCGUCUAAAGCAUCACAUCUCCAAAGAUUAAUAUCAAUUGAGGAAGAUCAUCUGCCUCAGCUUCUUGAGAGGCCAGUGGAUACACAGCUGGACAAAUGCACUGGAAAAGAUGGGAAUACUCCUUCUGAGAAGGAAAUAGAUAAGAGAAACAUAGAACAAUCUGUGGAACAUACACCGUCAUCUUCCAGAGAGCAACCAGUAGGGAAGGAAUCACUGUCAAAUGAGGAGAGAAUAAACUCUGUCCCAGACCACUUGUUCAAGAUUAUUUUAGUUGGCAAUUCAAGUGUUGGAAAGACUUCAUUCUUAAGGCGAUUCUGUGAAGAUCGUUUUUUCCCAGGCACAGCUGCUACUGUGGGAGUGGAUUACAGUGUGAAAACAGUCACAGUAGAUAAUAGCCAUGUAACCCUGCAACUCUGGGACACUGCUGGCCAGGAACGGUACCGCAGUAUUACCAAGCAGUUUUUCCGAAAAGCUGAUGGUGUCAUUGUGAUGUAUGAUAUAACAGCAAAAGACACAUUCACAGCUGUGAAGCAGUGGCUUGUGAGCAUUGAGGAGGCAGCUGGGGAGAAUGUACCUGUCCUUUUAUUGGGUAAUAAAACAGAUAAUGAAAAGGAACGAGAAGUCCCCAAUGGAAUGGGAGAGCAUUUAGCUAUGGAUUACAAUUUAAUUUUCUAUGAAUGCAGUGCAUGUUCUGGGCACAAUACCAAAAAGUCCAUUCUUCACUUAGCGAGGAUUUUAAUGGAACAUGAAGAUAAAGUGAAAGAGAAAGCCAUUCAGCUUCAACCUGAUACAAAUAAGAAAUCUUGCUGUAUUAGGCCAUAAAAUGAUGGGACAUUUAAAAAAAACAC